GUGAGAGUGGUUGGGGCAUGGAGUGGUGGGUACACGGGGCGUGGAGCUGACACGCAACAUGAAGCCAUGGGGAUGUGAGACAGGAGUGAAGGGGAUGUGGGACACGAGUGAAAGGUGUGGGACGUGGUGUGGCAUGUGGAGUGAUGGGGAUGUGGGAUAUGGAGAGAUGGGGCUGUCACAGCACAGAAUGGGGACAGCCAGGAGGGGUACAGGGACAAUAAGGGCCAAAAGGAUGGGGAUAUCAAAAGGGGUUGGGGCAGGUUGGGGACAGGGAGGAUGAGGAUGUGGAUGAUGGGGACAGGAUGGGAUGGGGAUGCAGACAACUGGGACAGACAGGAGAGAGAUGACCAGGAUGGGGACAAGGAUGAUAAGGAGCAAAAGGAUGGGGACAGAAUGGAGUGAUUAUAGGACUGAAUGAGAAUGGGCAGGAUGGAAAGGGGACAGGAUGGGAUGAGGACAGGAUGGGGUGGGGACAGAAUGGGGACAGCCAGGAGGAGGACAUCCAGGAUGGGAUGGGGACCAUCAGAAGGGGUUGGGGACAGGGUGGGAGUAAAAUGAGAUGGGAAUGGGGAGGGAUUAUUACAGGACAGAACAAGGGCUUCCAGGAGGGGAACAGGAGGAUGGAGACAGGCAGGAUGGGGACAGAGAUGGAAUUGUUGCAGGACAGUGUGAGGAUGGCUGGGAUGGGGAGUGGGGAGAUGAGAGGAUGGGAUUAUUACAGGACUGAAUAAUGGGGACAGGAAGGAUGAGGAUAGGACGGGAUGGGGACAGGAUGGGAUGGGGACAGAGAGGAUUGGGAAUAGAAUAGUGAUAGCAGGGCUCACUCCAGCACGGGGACAACCAGCAGAGCCCAACCACACCAGGGCCAGCCAGGAGGGGCCGCCAAAACCCCACCACCAUCCCCACCACCACCACCACCCCACAACCCCCCUCAUCCCCAUCCCAUCCUUCCGUUCCCUUCCUUUCUUUCUCCCUCCUACUGCUGCCUCCGGGAGGGGGAUGCGGGCCGUGGGGGUGCUGGGGCUGGGGGCCCUGCUGGCCUGGCUGCCCCCAGCCCACACUGACACCUUCUCAGCGCUGCGCAGCGUCCGGCAGGCACGGAGCAACGAGGGGCGGCUGCUAAGGAGGCUCCGUGCGUAUCUCCGGGAGGAGAGCGCCCGGCUCCGCCGCCUGAGCAGGUUCUAUGAGAAGGUCCGGGCGCUGCACCAGGACCCCGGAGCCUCGGUGGACAACCCCUUGUUGGCCUUCAGCCUCAUCAAGCGCCUGAGCUCCGACUGGCCCAGCGUCAUCUACAGCAACGAGGCCACCGAAAACAGCCAUGCUCUCCAUGUUGGAUUCCAGGAGUUACAAGGGGAGCUGCCUGGAGCUGAGGACCUGGAUGGGGCAGCGCGGGCGCUGAUGCGGCUGCAGGACGUCUAUGCACUCAGCGUCAAGGGCAUGGCCAAUGGCCUCUUCCAGCCCACCAGCACUGACCGCCCGCCCCUCUACAGCCCUGGCCGGCGUGUCUCACUCUCAGCUGAUGACUGCUUUCAUGUGGGCAAGGUGGCCUAUGAAACAGGUGACUAUUACCACUCCAUUGCAUGGCUGGAAGAGGCCGUCAGCCGCUUUCGCCUCUCCUAUGGCAGCUGGAACCCGGAGGAGGAGCGGGGCAGCCUGGAGGACGCGCUGGACUACCUCGCUUUCUCCUACUUCAUGGCUGGAAACAUCUCCCGUGCAUUGACUCUCUCCAAGGAGUUUCUCAACUAUGAUCCCAGCAACCAAAGGGUGACACGGAAUGUGGCCAAGUAUAAGAAGCUGCUGGCAACACAUGGGGACCGCAUGGGGACACCCCUGCAGCGCCCCAAUGCCACCCAGCUGCAGAACCGGGACGCCUACGAGGAGCUGUGCCAGGGCCUGGGGGCACAGAUGGCUCCAGAGCAGCCCUCACACCUUGGCUGCUCCUACGAGACCAAUGGCAGCCCCUACCUGCUGCUGCAACCCGCCAAGAAGGAGACGCUGCGGCUCCAGCCCUACAUUGUGCUGUACCACGACUUCGUCAGCGAUGCCGAGGCUGAGACCAUUAAGGGACUGGCGGGGCCCUGGCUGCAGAGGUCUGUGGUCGCCUCUGGAGAGAAGCAGCAGAAAGUGGAGUAUCGGAUAAGCAAGAGUGCCUGGUUGAAGGACACAGCCGACCCUGUAGUGCGGGCGCUGGAGCUGCGCAUGGCGGCCAUCACUGGCCUGGACCUGCGGCCGCCCUAUGCUGAGUACCUGCAGGUGGUCAACUACGGGCUGGGCGGCCACUACGAGCCCCACUUCGACCACGCCACGUCCAGGAAGAGCCCCCUUUACAGAAUGAAGUCGGGCAACAGGAUCGCGACGGUCAUGAUCUACCUGAGCGCCGUGGAGGCGGGUGGUUCCACUGCCUUCAUCUACGCCAACUUCAGCGUGCCAGUGGUUAAGAACGCAGCCUUGUUCUGGUGGAACCUGCGAAGGAAUGGUGACGGUGAUGGGGACACCCUACACGCUGGAUGCCCGGUGCUGGCUGGGGACAAGUGGGUGGCAAACAAGUGGAUCCACGAGUAUGGGCAGGAGUUUCGGCGGCCGUGCAGCCAGGACCCCCAAGACUGAGUGACUACAUGGGCUCAAGGAUGCAGCUCCUGCCCUGGGUGCUGUCAUUGUCACCACGGCACUGAAAAGCCACCGCAGAGCAGCACAGCCCCACUGGGGAUCAUUCGGGAUGAGAGGAGGGUGCUGCAGGGGGAGGAUGUGCUUGUUCAGCUGCAGCUUCCCUCUGGGAAUCCUGCUGGAAAUAAAAUGGAAGGAGGCCCAACUGGAGGCUGGGAGAAAUA